AUGAGCAGUGAAGAGAUGAAGAAGGGUGCUACAUUUUCAUUAUUUUCCUUACAUUUUAUCCAUCUUUGUGUUGAUUACUCGCAGCUCCGAGAAAGAGACACUUGGCCACGCAAGAUUUGUUGUGCCUGCAGCACGAAAUCUAGAGACUGCAUUGACUUCUUCCAGAAGAUCAAGGAAAGUGAGGAGAAAUUGGUGGAAAUCUUCAGUAAUUUUGAGGAGAGUCACUCCCCUGAAGAUACGGGAGGAACAUGCUCAGAUUCCGCUGAUGAAGUGCCUGUGAAGGAGCAAAAGAAGCACUCGAGAAAGGACAAGGAGGAUUCCAAGAAGCAGAAAGUCCUGAAGACUGAAGAUGAUCUGGUGCGGAAGUAUCUGGGAUUCAAGUGUGAUGUGUGUGCAGAAGAGUGCAGAAACUACUACAGUCUGAAGUUCCACUUUCGCACGCGGCACGGUGUUAAAGGCUACGUCGUGUGUUGCUCCCGGAAGUUCUUCGCUCUGGGCAAUUUGGUCACUCAUCUGCAGCUUCACGCUGAUCCGGAGGCUUUCAAGUGCUUGGCGUGUUCCAGAAUCUUCCUCAGUGACCGCACGAGGCGUCUUCAUGUGGAAUCAUGCUCGAAGUCUCCUGAGAAGUGCUCUUUCAUCUGCGAUCGCUGCCCGAGAGUGUUUCCCAGUGCUAAGAAGCUCUACUUCCACAGGAGGCUUCAUGCCAGCGAAGAGGAGAAGCGCUACAAAUGUCCCGAUUGCCCAAAAGGCUUCCUGACGCCAUCAGAGUUGAGACAUCAUCGCAUGAAGGCGCACGACAAGACCGGCCAGACUUUCGUCUGUGAUUCUUGCGGGAAGAUUUACACGACUAAAUGCCAGCUGAAGAGGCACGUAAAGCAGUACCAUGGCACAGAAAUCGCAGCCAAAGUGGAGUGCGGACAAUGCGGAGGCUUUUACGCCACACGAGCGUCUCUUAAAAUGCACCAGAAGCGUUGCAAAGCCGAUCCUGCUGUUUGCCAGGAGUGUGGGAAGCUUCUCUCAAACGCCAUGGAGCUGAAGAAACACAUCCGAUACAAUCACAGCGGCUUGGAAAAGAAAUUCCUCUGCCAAGUGUGUCCCAAAGCCUUCAAGACGAAGAAGCAUCUCAGCGAACACUCGGCGAAGCACUCGAAACUUCCUCGGCACAAAUGUUCCUUCUGCGACCACGAGUUCUGCACACUCUCAGCCAAAUAUUCCCACCAGCGAAUUCAUCACGCCGCCGAGAAUGCAGCAGCAAAAGUGAGGAAAUGGUAA